CACCGCUGGAGAAGGAAGCCGAGGACGAGAGGAAGAGGCUGGGGCGGGGGGCAGGGGGCGGCUGCCGCCCGGCGGGCCCGGGCUUGGAGGGAACGGAUGCCGCCGCGGGGAGCGCGGCUGGGCGCUGCUGUGGGCAAGAGGACGACGACGGCGGGCGCCAGCGCUCGGAGAGGCCGGACCGGUGAAGCGGAGGAGGCGAAGCUCGGGAGGCGCCCUGAGAUGCAUUCCCCUCUCCCUCCCUUCCAGCGGCCAUGUUAACCACCAGGAAACCGUCUGCCGGGGCCGCUGGAGCCGGAGGGGCCGCCGCCGCCGCCGCCGCCGCUUCUGGCCCGGCUGGCAGCAGGGGAGGUGAAAGUGCUCGACAGUUGCAGCCUUCCCCGGGGAUUGGAGCCGGGGGGGCCUCGCGGACAGGCGCUGGCACCGGCCCACCGUCCCCGCUCGUUUUGCCGCCGCUCAAGUCCAGCAGCGCCGCCCACACGGUUGGUGGAAAUAAGCACACAAUGAACGAGCACCUGCAUGUUGCCAGCCAUGGGCAGAUCCAGGUUCAGCAGCUGUUUGAAGACAAUAGCAACAAAAGGACGGUUCUGACGACACAACCCAAUGGGCUUACAACAGUAGCAAAAUCAGGAUUGCCAGUGGUCCAAGACAGACAACUGGACAGUGCUCAUAGGCGGCAAGGGAGUUCCGGUUCUUUGAAGUCUACGGAAGGGACAGGGAAGGUGAAAGCCUCUCCUUUGACACCAGAGCAAGCCAUGAAGCAAUACAUGCAAAAGCUAACAGCCUUUGAGCAUCACGAGAUUUUCAGUUACUCUGAAAUAUAUUUUUUGGGUCCAAAUGGAAAGAAGAGACAAGGUGUAAUUGGUGGUCCAAACAACGGUGGGUAUGAUGAUGAUCAGGGAUCGUAUGUGCAAGUACCCCAUGAUCAUAUAUCAUACAGAUAUGAGGUCCUGAAGGUUAUAGGGAAAGGAAGUUUUGGACAAGUGGUGAAGGCCUAUGAUCACAAGAUGCAUCAGCACGUUGCUCUGAAGAUGGUGAGAAAUGAGAAGCGCUUUCACCGCCAAGCUGCAGAAGAAAUUCGGAUUCUGGAGCACUUAAAGAAACAGGAUAAGGACAACAAUAUGAACGUUAUACACAUGCUGGAAAACUUCACAUUCCGCAACCAUAUCUGUAUGACAUUUGAGUUGCUGAGCAUGAACCUUUAUGAGCUCAUAAAGAAAAACAAAUUUCAGGGCUUUAGCUUGCCAUUAGUUCGCAAGUUUGCCCAUUCGAUUUUGCAAUGCUUGGAUGCUUUGCACAAAAACAGAAUCAUUCACUGUGACCUUAAACCAGAGAACAUUCUGUUGAAGCAACAGGGUCGGAGUGGUAUUAAAGUUAUUGAUUUUGGCUCUAGCUGUUAUGAGCAUCAGCGUGUCUACACUUAUAUUCAGUCACGAUUUUACCGUGCUCCAGAAGUAAUCCUUGGUGCUCGUUAUGGGAUGCCCAUAGAUAUGUGGAGCUUGGGCUGUAUUCUAGCAGAGCUCUUAACCGGUUAUCCUCUCUUACCAGGAGAAGACGAAGGGGAUCAGCUGGCUUGUAUGAUAGAGCUGUUAGGUAUGCCUUCCCAGAAACUAUUAGAUUCAUCCAAAAGAGCAAAAAAUUUUGUGAGCUCUAAGGGUUAUCCCCGAUACUGUACCAUUACUACCUUGUCAGAUGGUUCUGUAGUGCUCAAUGGUGGUCGUUCCCGGCGGGGCAAAUUACGUGGCCCUCCAGAGAGCAGAGAGUGGGGGACUGCAUUAAAAGGAUGUGACGAUCCCCUCUUUCUUGACUUCUUAAAACAGUGUUUAGAGUGGGAUCCUACUCUGCGCAUGACACCAAGUCAGGCUUUACGGCAUCCCUGGCUAAGGAGACGUUUGCCAAAGCCUCCAACUGGGGAGAAGAUGUCAGCAAAAAGAAUAACAGAAAGUGCUGGUGCUAUAACAUCCAUUUCCAAGUUACCUCCGACUUCAAACUCGGCAUCAAAACUGAGGACUAAUUUGGCACAGAUGACAGAUGCCAAUGGAAAUAUUCAGCAAAGGACAGUGUUGCCAAAACUUGUAAGCUGAGUUUGAAUAAUCCAAUGCUGAUUUUAAAAAAAAGAUAUUAUGUCACUGAGCCUUAUUCUCAUGAAAAAGUAGCUCAGAUUUCUAUUUUUAUUUGCUCAGUAGCUUUAAACGUUUGUAUUUUUUCAACACUCAACUUACAUGUGUAAGAAAAAUUGGUUUUGAUUUUAUAAAAACAUGGGGACAAUGCUUUAAGUUUUAUACUUUUUUUAAAAAAUGAUUUUUUUUCUCCUUCUGAACAGCAGUUAGCCUUACUAUGAAACUAAUGUGGCACAAUAAUGUGUCAGUGGCAGGCCACUGGUUACAACGCGACCACCAUACAUUAUAGCCUGAUUGGGGGACGGUUUAUAACCUUCACUCCAUGGUUCAUAUUGGCUUUUCCCCGUAGUGAAUCUUUAAUAUUUUCUUGUUUCUGGUUUUUGUUUUAGCAGUGGAUCCUAAUCCUGCAAACAUUUCCCUGCAUUCUUUUGUUUAUGAUAUAUAAAACAUUCAGGGCGUAUGAGUGAGGUCUGCAUGAUUCUUGGUAAAAUGUACAGGGCUUUUUUUCAGGGGGAACGCGGGGGAACGGAG